AUGUUCCGCGUCGACAAAUCUGGCGUCCGCGGCGUCGAUGGUGUGACAUUGCGGCAUACAGACCAGCGAACGCGGUUCUGGUGGAAUUACCCCGGAUUACGCUCCCUCAACCUUUUAUUGCUGGGUUGUAUCGUUUGCGACAUGACCAAUGGCUACGAUGGCUCCAUGCUUAGCGGCCUACAGAUUAUCGACGCCUGGCAGGACGCGCUGGGCCAUCCUACAGGAACACGCCUGGGUACUAUCACCAACGGCACUCGCUAUGGGCAACUCGGGGCUCUCCUUAUUGCAGCACCGCUGAUGCAACGUCUUGGCCGCCGAGUGCCCAUUAUGAUCGGGUCGUGCAUCCUGUUGGUCGGAGUGGCGCUCCAGGCCUCCUCGGUUAAUUACGACAUGUUUGUUGUAUCGCGUGUGCUGAUUGGGUUUGGGAACACAAUCCAGAACAUGGCUUGCCCCAUUCUGGCCGCUGAGCUUGCGCAUCCCUCCCAGCGUACCCAGGUCAUCGGCAUUCAGAACACAACCGGUUCGCUUGGUCAGAUCAUGGCCGCCUGGAUCACCUACGGAACCUCGUUCAUGCUGUCCUCGUGGUCUUGGCGCUUGCCGUCAUUGCUGCAGGCUGUGUCCUCCAUUUUCCAGCUUGUGAUGAUGAUCUUCACCCCCGAGAGCCCGCGUUGGCUAGUGCACAAGGGCCGGCGCGAAGAGGCCUAUCGUAUUCUGACCAAGUACCACGCCGAGGGCGACGAGUCAUCGCAGCUAUUACAGUUCGAGAUGGCCGAGAUCGAAGCAGCUAUCGAGCUGGAGCGGGAGCAGGCGUUAGCCUCGUGGAUGGAGUGGGUGCGCACGUCUGCCAAUCGGUACCGUCUAUUUAUCAUCGUUACAUCUGGCUUCAUCAUUCAGUGGUGCGGCAAUGCGCUCAUCACAUACUAUAUCCAUCUGGUCUUUGAGUCAAUUGGCAUUACCAGCUCUAAGAAGCAGUUGCUUAUCAACGGUGGCAUGACCAUUAGCGGCUUCGUGUGGGGUAACACAUGGUCACAGCUUAUCGACAAGAUGGGCCGGCGGCCAAUGUUCCUCAUUGGCCUAACUGGCAUGUUCGUGGCCUUUUUGAUGAUCACCGUCUUCACUGGGGUCAACGCGGGCAUUGACUACAGCAAUGGAGGCCUGGGUAACGCUACCAUCUUUGCUAUCUUCUUAUUCGGCGCCUUCUACAAGAUGCCCGGCUGCAUGGUCCCUUCGUAUGUCGCUGAGGUGUCUCCAUUCAACCUUCGUGCCAAAGCGUUCGUCCUCAACGGCUUUGCCGAUGCAGCAGCAAAUAUUUUCAGUGGUUAUACCAACCCCGUAGGCCUCGCAGCCAUCGGGUGGAAAUAUUACAUCGUCUGGUGCUGUGUGCUAGUCAGCAACUUCACCAUUGUCUAUUUCUUUUAUCCGGAGACCAAGAACCUUAGUCUUGAAGAGGUCGGUCAGCUUUUCGACGGGCCGCCGAAGAACUCGGAGUCCAAAAUUACGCAUGAUGAGGACAAGGAGCAUGAGCCCCAUGUGACAAUGAUAGAGUAA